AACUGAGAUAGAAGCCGAAUUUAUUAAAGUCAGAAAGAAAGCUUUGGAGAGGUUGACAACUGAAGUAAUGCAGUUGCAUGAUGUUCUACCCAAAAUAUUAAAUAGUGAGAUCUUAGAAAGCUUUCAGAAACUGGAUGCCCUUGAAACAAUUGUUGAAAAGAAAAGUAAUGAACUGGAACAAUUGAGAGUGGAUUGUGAACACUAUAAAGCUCGCUUGGAAGCAGCCCAAACAGAUUGUGUGAGAGAAAGAAAGGAAAAAUUAAAUAUUCGACAGCAGUUGAAUGAUGCAAAGCAACAAUUAUUACAACAAGCUGAAUAUUGUACAGAAAUGGGUGCUGCAGUAUGCACAUUAUUAUGGAGUGUUUCUAAUAAUGAAGAAGCAGUUAAAAAUAUCCUAGGAAGUGCUCGAGCUGUAAAGUUUUUUAAUAUUGCUGGACAAACAAUUGAGAGUUUUGUCCACUCAUUAAAUGAAGAUAACAAACAUCAGGAUAUGGAUUCUGAUGAAAGCCAGUUUGUGUUAGGUUUGGCUGGGAUUGUUACAAAUGUUGCUGCUUUAGCAAUUGGUCGUGAAUUCCUUGUUAGUUCAAAUCAGGUAUUGUUGGAUACAAUGAUUCAACUGCUGAGAGAUAUGGAGCCAGGAUGUUGCACCAAACUGAAAGUGCUAAUGCUGAUGUCCUUAUAUAACAUUAGUAUCAACAUGAAAGGUGUGCAGUACAUCAGUGAAAACACAGGAUUCUUCCCAUUACUCCGGUGGCUCCUGAAUGACCCAGAUCCAGAAGUAUGUUUUCAUGUACUACGACUUCUCCAGUCCAUCGUUAUGGAACCAGAGAUAUUAACCAAGUCAACUCUUGAAAUACGUGACUCCUUACCACUUCCACGUAUCCUUAUGCUAUCAAAGAGCCGUAAUAAAGAUCUACAAAUUCUGGCCCAAGAACUGCUUGAGGACCUUAAAGUAUUAGAAGGUGAAAUGUAAGACUCAUGCUGAGGAUAUCAUUAACUUUUCAAGCAUGUUUUUCAGUUCUGUUGUAAUUUGUAAAAUAUUAUACAUGCUUUCAGAAAUAUAUAGUCAUUGUAGUUAAAUGCUUGUAUGUGGUUGGUAUUCCUGCUCAGGAAUCACAACCCUAAAUAGCAUCUCAGAAUUUCUAGGCUUGUGAUGUAUCAAACCUCUUAGAAGUACAGAGUUUAAUAUCUGGAAUGUUUGUAAGGGGUGGGUAGUUUUACCAAUACCCCCCUCAAUCAAAAACAUACCUGAUAGCAAGGGGAUAUAGUUCAUAUUUUCUAUUUUCCGUAUCAGUAGCUUGUUGAGGUAAAAUCAAGUACCUUUGGUUUGCAUUAUUCUUCAUUUUACUUCAUUUUACUUUAGUGACACUGAGAACGGUCUUCAAUUUUUGUCUUUUAACAUCAAAAAAGUCCUUAGCUUAAGAAUCUAGUAAAGGAGGAAGAGCAGGCUUUCUCAACCUUGGCAACUUUAAGAUGUGUGGACUUCAACUCCCAGAAUCCCCCAGGGUUGGCUGGGGAAUUCUGGUAGUUGAAGUCCACAUAUCUUAAACUUGUGAAGGUUGAGAAACACUGAGGAAGAGACUUCAAUUGUUUGUGAAUAUUUAUAUCAAAACUGUGGAAGUUAAAUUAUCAGCAGAGUUGGUCUAUUUGGAGGGCUGCUGGGCAGAAGGCCCUAUCUGUCUCCCCCUGGUUUCCUCACACUAUAUAGGCUUACGGCACUCUGGAAAGGAACAAAAGAACAACAUUGCCAUUAGAAAAGCUGCCUUCUCCUUUCCUGGUGCUUUCCUGAGUCCUAGGAUUUCUAAAGGGAUUGGCUAGGGAGUAGCAUAAGUUGUAAAGCUUCUUUUCCAUUGCUGACUGUAGGCCUCUACUUAUUCUGUGCCUUCCAAAGCUGUGCCAAGGAGCAUAGUGGGUGACCCCUGCAAAUUGCCUCUUGUGUUAUUCUAGGUACAGGGAGAGAAGUGGUGGCAGCCAACAGUGGGAGGAGUACUACUGGCUAGGGCUCAUUUUGCCUUAGCACCACACUCAUCGUAGCCUGGGCACAAGCAUUCUCUUUGGUGUCUGGUC